AUGAAGUCUACAAUAUGGUUCCUUCUUAUCUUCAUCUCUCUUCUCCAACUGAUGAUCCCAGUGAACACUCAGGCCUCCAAAGACUCUUCGGUGAAUAAAAAGAUCCAGGAAGCUCUCAAUAGUAGAAAGCCUAAGAAGCUCUCUUGCAUUAGUGUCCAAACAUCAGGCAGAUGGGCCUCCUGUCCUGCUGGUAUGGCUGUCACUGGUUGUGCAUGUGGCAAUGGUUGUGGAUCGUGGGAUGUCCAGAAUGGAAUUACUUGCCACUGUCAGUGCGCAGGCAUGGACUGGACCACUGCCCGCUGCUGCCAACUGGUUUGA